AUGCACAGCACGGCCGGGGCCGGGACCAGGACCAGCCCUGGGGCACCGGGAUGUGCAGCACCACUGGGAGGGGACCGGCAUCAACCCCGGGGCACCGGUGUGCCCCAAGGACCGGGCCCGCCACCGGCACAGGGUUACGAGGAUGCGCAGGACCACUGUGACCGGAAUUGGCACCAGCCCCGGGGCACCGGGAUGUGCAGCACCUCCGGGGUACCGAGAUAUGCAGCACCCCCGGGGCUGACCCUGGCCCCGGGGCACCGGGAUGCGCAGCCCCGGUGCACAGGACCCCCGGCGUUCAGACGGGCCCCCCCGGUACCGCACACCCCCGCUCCACCCCGGGCUCCCCCCGCCGCCGGUGCCACCGCGUCCCUGCGCCGAGCCCCGGCCCCGGCCCGUACUCACGCCCGGGGCUCCCGGCGGCGCCGCCAGGCUCGGCUCAGAGCGGCCCUGGGGCCGGUCCCGGCGGCGGCGGCGGCGUUUCCAUCCCGGCCCGGCCCGGCCGCGCUAUUGUUGGGAGGCGGCGGCGGCGGCUCCGCCUUCCCACCGCGGCCGGGGAGGAGCCGGGAUGGAGCCACCGCCUCCCCCGGUGCGCGGCUCCGCCAGCGCCAGCCCCGGGGAACCGGCGCUGGGGCCCCCGGGAGCCGCGGCACCGGCACACCGGGAGUUAUCCCGGGAGAGGAAGCACCGGGAAUCCCCCCGAGGCACCGGGCACCGCCGGAGCGACAGCGCAGAGCACAGAGGGAUCCCCCCAGGGCAUCCCGCACCCUCUGGAGGGACUCCCCGGAGCCCGGGGACCCCUCGGGGAGCCCCCCGGGGCUGCAGACGCGGAACCGAGCCGUGACCCCCGGCCGUGGCCUCCACCCCCCGCCCCUCGAGGGAAGCGGCCCCGGGGCCGGCGGCUCCGGCUGCGUCACAGGGGGAAGUGAGGCUCUGUCUGGAGGGGAAGAGCAGCCCGCGGCCCCCCCAAGCCCCCGGCGGGCACAGCCGGGGGGGGCCCCGACAGAUGGACAGCGCGGCCUCCCCUCCCCCAGCCUGGGGCCCCGCGGGGGCAGCGCGAGGGUCCCCGUGGGGAGGGGGACACAGCCAGGGCCACCCAGAGCCCGCAUCCCCUCCCCAGGACCCCCCGGCCGCUGGGUCCCCGCUGGCCCGGACACGGUGGGGACACGGCGUGGGGACACGGCACGUGCCCAAAGCGCAGCCCGGGACGUGCCAGCGUGGCUGUGA